UUUCGGGGCAGCAACAUCGUCUCUCAGCUCCCCUCAUCGUUCAACGUGUCUUUUCCUCACCGUUUCUUUACGCGGAUACACGUUUGGAGAAAAGAUCUUUUAUGGUCCUGGCCGAAGAUUGCACGAUGUCUCGCACCGACGAGGUUCACCGAGUGACGGAAAAUGUCUACAAGACGAUCAUGGAGCAGUUCAACCCCUGCUUACGGAACUUUGUCGCCAUGGGGAAGACCUACGAGAAGGCCCUUGCCAAUGUGACAUUUGCUGCGAAAGGCUACUUUGACGCUCUGGUGAGAAUGGGCGAGCUGGCCAGCGAGAGUCAAGGAUCCAAAGAUUUGGGCGAUGUGCUGUUCCAGAUGGCCGAGGUCCACAGACAGAUCCAAGUGCAGCUGGAGGAGAUGCUGAAGUCUUUCCACAACGAGCUGCUGUCGGAGCUGGAGAAGAAGGUGGACCUGGACUCGCGCUACCUGACUGCGGCGCUGAAGAAGUACCAGGUGGAGCACAAGAACAAAGGCGAGAGCCUGGAGAAGUGCCAGGGGGAGCUGAAGAAGCUUCGCCGGAAGAGCCAAGGCAGCAAGAACCCGUCCAAGUACGGCGAGAAGGAGAUGCAGUUCGUGGAGACCAUCAGCAGCAAGCAGACCGAGCUGGACACCUUCAUCGCCGACGGCUACAAGACGGCCUUGUCCGAGGAGCGUCGCAGGUACUGCUUCCUGGUGGACCGCCAGUGCGCCGUGGCCAAGAACAGCAGCGCCUACCACGGCAAGGGUAAAGACCUUCUGACCCAGAAGAUCCCAGUGUGGCAACAGGCCUGUUCAGACCCCAACAAGCUCCCAGAGAGGGCCAUGCUCCUGGCCCAGCAGAUGGGCUCGGCCACCAUGAGCGGCACGAGCCCCCUGCACACUUCCAAAUCCAACCUGGUCAUCUCUGACCCCAUCCCCGGAGCUCAGCCCCUUCCUGUGCCCCCUGAGCUGGCCGUGUUCAUGGGCAGUGGCCUCGGGCACCAGGCGAGGCUGAUGGGCCCCGACGGCAUGUCCAUGGUCAACGGGACAACAGGAGUCCACGGUGAGGAAUACUGGACAGAUGGGGGGAACCUAUCCCAAGUCAGGCCUUCGUCUCCGCAGACCCAAGCGCAGGUGCAGUCCCAGGCUCAGCCCCAGAGACAGGUCAGCGACGUCUACUCCAACACCCUCCCUGUUCGCAGGCCAGCCCCCGCCAAGAACAAGAACCCAGUGGGGUCGUGGAUGAUCUGGAGACUAUUCCAGCUGACUUUGGGCGAGAGGCAGGGUGAGACACGGACCCUCCCCAGGUCCAGCUCCAUGGCGGCGGGCCUGGAGAAGAACGGACGCUCCCGCGUGCAGGCCAUCUUUUCGCACGCCGCCGGCGACAAUGGCACGCUGCUCAGCUUCUCCGAGGGUGACGUCAUCACCCUGCUUGUGCCCGAGGCCCGUGACGGCUGGCACUACGGCGAGAACGAGAAGAACAAAAUGCGUGGCUGGUUCCCGUUCUCCUACACACGAGUGCUGCCCGAGACCGACAGCGAGAAGCUCAAAGUGAACCUGCAUCACGGCAAGAGUAGCAGCACGGGCAACCUGCUGGAGAGCGACGCGUCCCUGCCCACGCCCGACUACGGCCUGACCGCCCGACUGUUGGCGCAGAGUCUCGCGCAGACCCGCCCGAGGCCCUACAGCAUGGCAGGCUUUGGCACUCAGCCUGCCAUUGAGGAUUAUGAUGGUCGCUUUGCCACAAGCGACCGCCCCAUGGAGGUCUUCCUCCGGCCCGCCUUCACCGACGACCGAUCUGCCACCAUCUUCUACUAGCGGCCUGCGAUAGCUCCUGUCUUGGCUUGUUGUUGUUUUUUUUUCAUUUCAUACAUAAACAUCUGAGGGGGGGGAAAUGGCCAAAGUUUGAAUGACUUGUUCAUUUACUUCUACGUUUGCCUAAUCUGUUAAUUUAACGACAUGUUGCAAUCUUAUGAGAAUGCGGUCCAAAUGUCGCGUAAAGAACUCGUAAAUGUCAAUAUUGUGACGAAAAGACAGUUUUCUGAGAAUGAUAGUCGCAAGAAAAGAUGACUUGAUUCUUGUGAUAUUGUGAUUUUCUCCCCCAUAUAGAAGCAGGAAAAAGGCCAACGUUGCAAGAGCCGUUUUCUUAACUUUGAUCUUAAUUUUAAUUACAAAAAUCAAGGAAUGGUAGUAAAACACCAAAAGUCUCAAUCUUGUGAGAAUAAAUGAAAAACAUUCCAAGAAGUCACAUUUGUAUGACAAUGAAGUUGUGAUAUUACAAGGGGGGGAACUUGCAAUAUUAGCACAAAUUGUCGUCUUUUCAUUGAAAAAAUACCCAUAAUAUUGUAACUCCUUUAUUUAAUAUUACAAAUAUAUUCUUGUAACAUAACAACUUAUUUUUGUACCAUUUCAACUUUUAUUCUUCUAAUUGUACGACUGUUUCACUAAACGUUUUUUUUCCCCCAAAGAAACAGAAAAAAAGAUCACCAUCAAAGCAAUACUCAUCAACUUGGAUGUUAAUUUCAUUUUAACCAUGGAAUUAAAGUAAUACAGCCCAAGAUGUUGAUUUAAAAAAACAACAAAAAAAGUUGGAAUUUUACAAGAAUAAGUGCAAUAAUGUGGCAAAAAAAAAAAGUGGUAGUUGUCAAAGAAUGAAAUAUUCAGAAGAGGGGGAAAGUGAAUAGUACGAGGAAAAAACAGGAUAAACAUUACUUUAUUCUCACAAUAUUGUGACUUUCACGUAAUUUACAAACGUAUUGCAGUAACUUUAUGAUUAUAUCCCUGUAACAUAACUAUUUUUUUUCUUGUAAUAUUACGAUUUGUUUUGUCCGCACCAGAAACGACGACGACUUUAUUCUCAUAAUAUAGCCACCACUUUUUUUUGUCACAGUUUUUUCUUUUCUUUUCUUUUCACGACGCCGCAUCGUUAUCGACGCUUCUACUGUGGUGUUUCUCUGGCGUGGCGCUUAUAACAUUUUAGUAUUCUUCUUGACAUUAAAGAGCAGCAGCAAUGAACUUUACACGUUUAUAGUUUUUAUAAGUGAGGUGGAAAAUCGGUGGGAGGAAAAUAUCACGAUGAGGUUUAUCGCUCACGGUACGGAAUUGAUAUCGUCGCUGUUUGAGGUCAAAGUACGUGCUGUAUUCUUAACGACCAAUGAAAACACGUUUUAUUACAACGUGUCCGCAAACACUUGGCAGCUUCACGACUUCCGUUUUUGAUGGCCGUUAAAGUGGACCCCCGCAUAUUCGCCGUUCGGGAUUCGCAAAUUCAACUAUUGGCGGAUUUUUGGAGGGGGAACCUAUCCCCCGUUGUUCACUUUUUAUUUUAUUUUUAUUUUAUAUAUUGACCCAAUCCUGCCUAUUUGUAAAAUUUUUGACAAUUGUUUUUUUUAAUGGCAAUUAAAAGGGAGCGUCAAUUAUUUGUAGAUUUUCACGGUUGGCCUCAGUCGUGAUCCCCCGCGCGAAUAGUCGGGGUCCGCUGUACUUCGUUUGAACAAAGUGUUUUCGACCUCGAUUAUCGUUAUCGCCGGCAAAAUAAUCGUAAUAAUACCGUGAGAUAUUCCCACCCCUUGUAAGUUGGAGUUGUAGCUGUGCAAUUUUUAUUUUCUUUUUUUUUUUUUUUGGUAGCUGAAAUGAACAUUUGGUGAAUCAAAUUGUGCUUAAGUUGCAAUAGUUUCUAAUUGCAUAUCCGGAGUAAUGUGGCAAUUGUGCCUUCCACUUUUUCUUUAUUUUUUUGUUACAUUUUUUUUUUUGCUGCUUAUGUAAAGCUACUUUUUUUUUUUUUUUUCCAGUUUCACCAAGAUAUGACUUUACAAUAACGCUCCUUUUCUCUUUUUAAUAUCAAUGAUAUGUAAUCUGCUGGCUAGAGGAGUGAGGUGAAAAUUUCAGCGCAUACGUAAAGGAAUUCUUUUAUUAUUCUGAUCAUUCUUAUUAGUUUUGAGGGAGUGGUACGUAGCUAAUCUCAUAAGGCGCAGUAUUAUCGCUUUUGAUCAUUGGUUCUCAGUAUUACAUGCUCAUCUGGAUUGUGAAGCAGAACGGCUGCGCGGGUCAAAGUGCAAAAAAUAGAAAUCGAGAUGUAUUGAAUGCUAUGAAUGAGUUUAUAGGACUGUCCAAUGAAAAGUAACCGUCAAGAAUAAGUCGAUGAUGAGUGCUUUACACUGAGGGAUUUAGGAAUCUUGCUUUUAUUGCCAUUUGGGAAGUAAGUUUCAAAUGUGUUUUUUGUUGUUGUUGUUUUUUUAUUUUCAUUUUAAAUAGCUUUCACUUAUUUCAUUUUCCACUUUUUGUGUCUGUUUGUAUUAUACCUGUUCUGUACAGAAAGCCCAUAAAUUAUCAAAAUAAAUCCCCGUGGAUAAACUUUUAA